AUGCUGUUUGCGGCUUGCCAAAAAGGCAAAGUUGUGGAUUUAAGGAUCCUCAUUGACACUGGGGAGCCAGCCAUUCCUGAAUAUAUUGGCUGUUUAAAACAGGCACUGUCGGAAUUCAACAUCUCAAUUCAAGAAAUUUUAGUGACUCACUGGCAUCCUGAUCAUACUGGUGGAAUACCUGCCAUCUGCAAAUCCAUCCCAAGUGACUCUGAAUAUCGCAUCAGUAAACUGCCACGUGUCCCUCAUCGUGAAGAAGUAAUAGGAGAAGGUGAACAUAAGUAUUCAUAUCUGAAAGAUGGAGAUGUCUUACAGACAGAGGGAGCCACGCUCAGAGUUCUGUAUACACCUGGGCACACGGAUGAUCAUAUGUCUUUACAUCUAGAAGAAGAAAAUGCUUUAUUUUCUGGGGACUGUAUUUUAGGAGAAGGAACAACAGUAAUUGAAGACCUUUUUGAGUACAUGAAAACUUUGCAAAGGUUAUUACAAAUGAAACCUGAUUUAAUAUAUCCAGGUCAUGGACCAGUGGUACGUGAUGCAAACACUAGGAUCCAGGGAUACAUCACUCACCGAAAUGCCCGCGAGCAGCAAAUUCUAAGUGUUCUGCAGAAGAAUGCUGGAAAAUCAUACACAUCUUCUGAGCUUGUAAAGCUAGUGUACCAGGACAUUCCUGAGAAUUUACUUAAAGCAGCGGAAAAGAAUCUCGUUGUCCAUCUGAAGAAGUUGGAAAAAGAAGGAAAAGUGUCAGUACAUGAUGCCACCUUCAAAUGGAGAAACAAUUUGUAAAUCAUACAAGAUGGCUCAAGGAUUUUCUCAGUCUGCACAGUUAACAUGAAGAAGUUCAGAUAAUGUGGAAACAUAAAAAUAAUUCCUCUCAUUUAAAAAAGUGCUAACACAAUUUCAUGGCAGUGUUACAGUCAGUUAACUGUUUUUAUGUUCUACUUUGUAAAAUUUUAAAAAUUACUUCAUAGAUACUAAAUUAAUAAAUGAAAUUAAUAUAAACUGCCUAUUACGUCUGUUUUAAAAUAUUAGCUUUAUCAUUAUCAUAAGAGGCAGAAGACGCAGCAAGACCUGUAGUGUUAUAAAGUUAGAAAGUCAGUGAUGUAAAAACUCUAGAGUGAAAAAGGAAAAUAUUUUGAACUAAUUUCAUUUGCCUUAUCUGUGAAUUCUAAAAAUCAAGUCAUUUUGUUAAAAGAGGCAAAUACUGUUUAUAUUCCUUUUUUUUUUCAAUCUAGCUGCCUGUAUGCAUCUUUGCUGUUUAAUCGGUACAAGAACUAAGCUGGUUUUGAGCAAAAGUUGAAAGUAACUUCARGUUUUUGUAUUUUCUUAUGGAAACACCAUUUCUGUGGAACUUAUUCUAAGGAUUUGUCAAUUUGACAAACUAAUAUCAAAAAUC